UCUAGUGCUAACUCUGCAGCCUGGUUGGCCCUCCAGUGAGUAACCAGCUGCAGCCAGCAGAGUCAGUCUGCACCGCCUCUGUCAGCUCGUCCAUGAGUCACUGAAGGUACUACAGCUGUCAGACACAAGAUGAGGCUGCUGCCAGUUGUUGUUACUCUGUCACUCACAGUGGCGCUCGCUUAUUAUGUUUACAUCCCGCUGCCUGAUGCCAUCCAGGAGCCGUGGAAGCUGAUGAUGCUGGUUGCUGGAUUCCGAGCAACGAUGCACCUGGGCUCAUUGAAGGAUUGGCUGGGCUUUGACCAUCACAUGAGGUCAAUCAGGCAGUCCACAGAUAGUUUUGAAGGCCUGAUGGAGGGGCUGCGCAGUUCUGUGUCCGGCGGAGGGGUCAUGCCAGGGGUAAAAGUCAGCGACAUCACUUUCGACGGUGUCCAGGUCCGUGUUUACGAGCCGCCGGCCGGAGGGGAGGGUCAUCUGAGGAGAGGGUUGAUGUAUCUCCACGGAGGAGGCUGGGCCUUAGGCAGUGUCAAGCAGGGUUCGUAUGAUUCCAUCAACCGGAUGUUGUCCGACGAGCUCAACACUGUUGUGGUCUCUGUUGAGUACCGCAUGUAUCCAGAGGUGCACUUUCCAGUGCCGUAUUUAGACUGCCUUGCCGCUGCCAAACACUUCUUGUCCCCAGAGGUUCUGGCCAGGUAUGCAAUCGACCCCGAGCGUGUGGCUGUGGCAGGUGACAGUGCUGGAGGAAACAUGGCUGCUGCGGUCGCUCAGGAGAUUUCCCUAGACGACACAAUGAGUGUGAAAUUCAGCGUCCAGGCGUUGGUCUACCCAGUGCUCCAGGCUCUUGACUUCAACACGCCUUCCUACUUGCAGAACCAACAAAUACCCCUCCUCUACCGGCCCCUCAUGAUCCUCUUCUGGCUGCAGUACCUCGGCGCUGACCUCUCCCUACUGUCCCAGUUGCUGGCGAAAAACCACACCUUCUUACACCACUCGAACGUCACCCCAGAGCUGAGGGCGCGGGUAGACUGGACCGUCCUCCUGGACCCGAAACACAAGAAGAACUACAAGCCUCUGAUUAUGGAGAAAGGUUCACAGGGGGCAGUGAAGGAGGUGCCGGGGCUGCUGGACGUGAGGGCGUCGCCGCUGUUAGCAGGACCGGAGGUUUUGGCUAAAAGCCCUCGAGCGUACAUCCUAACAUGCGAGAAUGAUGUGUUGAGAGAUGAUGGCCUGAUGUACGCACGACGCUUACAGGACGCGGGCGUCACCGUCACCGUGGACCACUAUGAGGACGGCUUCCAUGGAUGUUUCAGCCUCGUAACCUGGCCAAUAGAAUUUGAUGUAGGGAAGAGAGCGCUCAGAGGUUACCUCAACUGGCUGCAGAACAACUUGUAGGAGUGUGUAUGCGUGUGUGAAAGGGAGUGAAAGUGUCUUUAUAAGCUGCAUGUGUGUGAGUGAGUGUGUGUGUUUCACUGAUACAAAUGCACUAGUCCUUGCUUUAUGAAUCAUAAGGGCUAAUACAUGCACAGCCACAAGCUUAUGGAUAAAUGAAUCAGCUGCUUCCACUGGGAAGAACCACAUCAGUACACUGAUUCUUAUCCACACCGCAAACACAUGAGACAUAUAUUUCACAAGGGUUGUAAUUGGGUUUUAUACUUAUCUUUUAGAAUAAAACAAACAAAGGUUCAUGUUAGCAUUGCUACCAGCAAGUUAACCUUUGUCCCCCACUUUGGUCCAGACUGAAACAUCUCAACAACUAUUGAAUAGAUUGACAUGUUGCCCCGAGGAUAAACCCCAAUGACUUUAGUGAUCCCCUGACCUUUCCUCCAGCAGCACCACAAGGUUGACAUUUGUGGUUUCUAGUGAAAUGUGUUGACAACUAUAGAUUGUCAUGAAUCUUUUGUAAUAACUUUGGUGAAUCCUUAACUUUAUAUUGUCAGGGGGAGAUUAUAAUUGGCUCAAAGCUUUGUUUUCGUGACCAAUAUCUGCAAAGCUAACACUCCCAUCAUCCUCGGCCAUAGCCUAGUUUGUAUGUUAAGUGCUCACAUGCUAGCAUGCUAACACGCUAAACAAAGAUGGUGAACAUUAUGUGCUUAGCGUCAGCACUUUAUUAUCGUGAUGUUAGCAUGCUGGCGUUAGCAUUUAGCGUCUUGUUAUAGUAAGAAAGAACAAAGUUCACAUGAAACAUAGGACAGAUAACGUGUGUGUGUGUGUGUGUGUGUGUGUGUGUGUGUGUGUGUGUGUGUGUGUGUGUGUGUGUGUGUGUGUGUGUGUGUGUGUGUGUGUGUGUGUGUGUGUGUGUGUGUGUGUGUGCUCUCUCUGCACUUCAGAGGGUGAUGUCUUCCCUUACAUGCCGCUUGACAAUCACUGAUGUAAUGCAGUACUUACUUAAUUAAACUUCCAUUUAUAAUUCACAUUGUGUUCUACUUGCGGGACAUUCUGUAUCUGAAUGUGCACUUAAAAUGAAAUAAAUGUUUUGUGAUU